AUGGCAUAUGAAGUAUGCUCAAUGUUAAAAGGUAUUGCUGAAGAUCAAAAUAUAACUGUAGUAGCAGUCAUUCAUUCACCAUCCGAUAGAAUCUUUGAAAUGUUUGACGAGGUUUUAGUCUUAAAUAAGAAAGGAGAAUUGGAAAUUCUUGGAGAUACAAAUUCAAUAAUAAAUGAUUUCGAUCAAAAUUCAAGAGGUUGCAUUAAUUAUAGUCCUGCAGAAUAUAUAAUGAUGAAAGCAUCUAGAGGUGAUUCUGAAAUUUUACGGAAUGAGCCCACAAGACGAGAUAAAUUCAUUUAUGCGUUGAAGGAUUGUGGCGCAUAUAUCAUUGAUGUUUAUAGGAGACCAUUUCAAUUUUUAUUUGAUCAACUACUUCAUCUCUUCUGUGGAGUUUUUGUUUCGUUGGCAAUUUCUAAUUCUGAAUACAUUGGAAAACCACCAAUACAAGUCUGUAAAUUUACUCCAUAUAUUAUGAUGAACUCUUGUACUGACUCUUAUGAUUUUAUCCAAAAUGUUGGAAUAUUCGUGUCACUUGGCGUUACAUUUGCAGGGAUUAGCGCUGGGUGUUCCACAUUCGGCUACGAAAUAAUUGUUUAUUGGCGUGAUGCCUCGGCUGGAAUGAGCGCAAUUCCAUACUUCUUGGCCAAAACUGUUGCUGAUAUUCCUCGAAUAUUUAUCGCGGCUCUUAUGUUUUCAUUAUCACUUAUCAUAUUUUACCCGCUUCAAGCUAAAUUUACCGACAUAUAUGGUAUCGUUCUUUUCACUUACAUUUCUGCAUGGAUGAUGGGUUAUUUUAUAUCAAUUGUGGUUUCAAAAGAACAGUUUGGAUUGGUUAGUACAGGAUUUGCACUUGCUUGGGGAUUAGUCUUUAGCGGUGGAUCUCCUCGGUUACAAGUUGUUGAAAACAACAAUGGCUAUAAACCUUUGAGAUGGCUAUGGGAUAUUUCAGCACCACGUUGGACUGUUGAGGCGUUAUACUUAAAAGAAUUAGAACCUAGAAUGUGGCAAGAAAUUAAUACUGAGAAAUUGAGAUAUCCAUAUAGUUUUAAUGAGUAUUCUGCAUGUUUGAAUUAUAUUUUGCGCAUCGCAGUUGGAUGGGCUGUACUCGCAUUUCUUGCUUUAAAAUUAACAAAUAGAGAUAAGCAAAAGCAGAAUUUUAACAUGAACCGAGUUUAA